AAAUCUUCUUGGUUCAUUCCGCCAUCCAGUUGUCCGCAAUGACCGCCACCUACCGCAACGAUCUCCUCCAGCCUUUCCUCGCCCUCGACCAGGGCGACAAGGUUCAGGCGGAGUAUGUCUGGAUCGACGGCGACGGUGGUCUGCGCUCCAAGACGACGACUGUGUCCAAGAAGGUCACGGACAUCGGUCAGCUCCGUAUUUGGGACUUCGACGGUUCCUCCACCAACCAGGCCCCGGGAAAUGACUCCGAUGUCUACCUCCGCCCUGCUGCCAUCUUCAAGGACCCAUUCCGCGGUGGCGACAACAUCCUCGUCCUGGCAGAGUGCUACAACAACGACGGCACCCCCAACCGCACUAACCACCGUCACAAUGCCAAGAAGACGAUGGACCUCGCCAAGGACGAGCACCCGUGGUUCGGCAUCGAGCAGGAAUACACCCUGUUCGGCGAGGAUGGCCGUCCCUAUGGCUGGCCCAAGGGUGGUUUCCCGGGUCCCCAGGGCCCAUACUACUGCGGUGCCGGUGCCGGCAAGGUCUUCGCCCGCGAUCUGAUUGAGGCCCACUACCGCUGCUGCUUGUACGCUGGUAUCAACAUCAGCGGAAUUAACGCGGAGGUCAUGCCCUCGCAGUGGGAGUUCCAGGUCGGCCCUUGUGAGGGCAUCACCAUGGGCGACCACCUCUGGAUGGCCCGCUACCUUCUCAUCCGCGUAGCCGAGCAGUGGGGUAUCACGGUCUCCUUCCACCCGAAGCCCCUUGCUGGCGACUGGAACGGCGCCGGUGCGCACACCAACUACUCGACGGAGGCGAUGCGCAACCCCGGUGGCAUCCAGGCGAUCAACGCCGCCAUCGAGAAGCUCGCGAAGAAGCACAACGAGCACAUCGCUGUGUACGGCGAGGACAACGACCUCCGUCUCACCGGCCGCCAUGAAACCGGCCACAUUGGCAGCUUCAGCUCUGGCGUCGCCAACCGUGGCGCGUCCAUCCGUAUCCCCCGUAACGUCGCCGCGCAGGGCUUCGGCUACCUGGAGGACCGUCGCCCAGCCUCCAACAUUGACCCCUACCGAGUCACGGACAUGAUCGUGCAGACUACCUGCCUCUAAAUCAGAGGCGCACUUACUUAGAUCGGAUUGGAGGGUGGGAAGGCCCAUACUUAGCAGUAAUUAUAUCUUCAGCGUUCCAGAUGUACCGUAUGCGGUCGUUCGUUUUCUAGAGUCCGACUUUCAAACCUCUCUGCUGGUUGGGAUGUGACUGCACGUCGCGCGACGCGAAUGUGACGAGACGUGUUUGAUCACCGACGCGUCCCUUGUUCUCAACUUCCUUCCUCUGCUCGCCAUCUCCUCGAUCAAUGGCGUCCGAGUACGAUCUCGCCUUCUCGGCGGCGUCUUUCGACGAGAGCGGCACGUUCAAACUGCUCGAAUUGCCACCCGAAGUGUGCGCACUCAUCGAGUCGGCUGCGACCGCCACACGCCCUCCGACGCUAACUAUCAAAGGUCGACCUAACGAAGAUGCGGUACUGUGUACGAACGACACGAC